AUGUCAGUUAGACCCGAUAUUACCACAUUGUCCAUAGAAAUGGCAAAUCUUUCGAUCACCAAAUAUCCAACUAACCCCGAAAGCAGCCCCGGAGUUAUCGAUGACUGUCCUAUCUGUUACGAAAAAAUGAGCCAACCGAGAAAUAACAUACGAAUGGAACAUUGCUGCAAACACACUUUCCACAGAGCAUGUCUUCAAACGUGGGCAAAUGGGCAAAGAUCGAUGGAUCGAAAAUGCACCUGCCCAAUGUGUCGAGAUGAAUGGCCGGUCGAAUUCGUCGAGCAGCUAUUUGAGGGAUGUAAAGAAGAAGAAGUUAUAAGUUUGCAGCAUGAGUGUUCAUGUAACGAGGAUACUUACGUAGACUUUCUCUCUCCAAAUAUGUUGCAGGGGUUGUCUGAAUCGCAGAAGAAUGGCCUUCGUGAUAUCAUCAAGCGCAUCCAGGGGUAUUUCGAGAUUGGAACGCAAACCUUCCUCAUUGUCUUCGUGAUGUGCCCCGAACACCCUCUGAACAUUGAUCCUGAAGAAUCGUCCACGGAUCGCCAGUACGAAGUAAUGAAAAUGUUGUUGGAUUGGGCUUUAUACCACGUUCAAAGACGUAAAAGCCCCACUUCACAUUCGACAUUCAGAUUGUUACCUCGCCCGUUCAAUUACGAACACUUUGGCCCUGAGCCAUUUCUCGACAACCUCUCUGAGCCCUAUUCCCGCGCUAGUAUUCGGACUAGUGGAAUUUUAAAUGGGGACAGUAACUCCGAUGACGAUGGUUGA